GGGAGUUUAGUGACAUUUCUUAAAUUCGGAGCUAUUGCGGUCGGAUCUCUGACUAACGCUAGUGUAGAAAGAGACACGACAAGGUAAGUUUUACCGAUGUAGAUUUCAUAAAUCGUGAUGGAACUAAUAUGAGUAAUAUGACCAUACUAUGGUUCCACGGUAUUCAUUACAGUUUAAUGUAAGUACCUAAUAUCCAUUAAAACAAAUUAUUCUCCGGGUACUCGCGUGUGACAUUUUUAUUUUUACGGACAAUUUUUUUUUGGUUUGUUAGUGACUAAAAAAGCCGAAUAUCGGAUAGUAAAAAUACAAAUAAAAAAAUGGCAGAUACAACUAAAAUUAGUGAACAGAACGAGUUAAAAAAUUCAAGUGAAAAUAUUAAUAUCGAUGAAAAUAAAAUAGCCACAGACAAUGACUAUUCGGCUAAUAUCCAAACUGAAAAAGUCGAUCACCAAGAGGAUAAGAUGGACAAUGAAACACAUUCAGGUCCGCCGGCCGAUAAUGUAAAAUCUCAUCAAUUAGAGCAUUCCAAUGGGCAUCUAAACCAUUCCUAUGAUCAAUCGGGAGAUCAUUAUCCACAUUUUAAUCGACAUUUAGAACCAUCCCACCUGCACCAUAGUCACCUUAAUCAUGCAUUUGAACAAUCUAGCAAGCCAUCAAGUAGGAAAGUAUCUGCAGCUAGUCAUGUAGAUGAAGGCCCUGUAAGAAAGAAAAGUUUUAUGCACAAAUCGAAUUCAGAUAGAGCGCUUUCCGUUAGUGCUCCUGAUUCGCAUUCCAAUUGUGAUGAAAAUGAAAGUCCCUCUUUGUGGUACGAUUUCUGUCUCAAAAUUAACUCGCCUGAAGAAAGUACAAGACAAUACCAGCCGGAAAUGUGGAAAAGAGUUUGUCCCCAACCAUAUUGUCCUUCUUACAGAAAAGUUACUAGAAUUAUAGCUUUAACUUUAAUAGGUCUUUUAUCUUGGUGUGUACUAUACGCAAUAGUGGGUGAAAGUGCUGCACCCCCUAAAGGACAAUUAUUUCAGCUGAUCCUUCUGAGUAUAUCUGCCCAUUUCGGAGGAUGGUUGUUUGGAUUAACAACUUUACCAGCUUUAGUCGGAAUGUUGUUUACUGGAAUAGCACUGCAGAAUUUAAAUAUUGUCAACAUCGACUCUUCCUUCUCUCAUCUUAAUAAACAUCUAAGUGCUGUUGCUCUGGUAAUAAUUUUAACUCGAGCAGGAUUGGAUCUGGAUCCCACUGCUGUUAAUAGACUUAAAUUUACCGUACUAAAAUUAUCAGUAAUUCCAUGGACAACAGAAGCCUGUUUAACUGUUGUUUUAGCCAAAUUUUGGUUAGGUACUAGUUGGAAAUAUUCAUUAUUAUUAGGUAGCAUAAUAGCGGCUGUUGCUCCAGCCGUUGUAGUCCCAUGUCUCUUUAGACUUCGUUCAAAAGGAUACGGAGUUGUGAAAGGCAUUCCAACCUUAAUUAUAGCAGUCGCAGGUAUCGACGAUGCACUCUCGGUAGCCAUUUUUGGAGUUGUAUUGGGUAUUAUAUUUAACGGUGCGAGUGUCGCCAAAGGAAUUAUUUUCGGAAGCCUUUCCAUACUAGCAGGUAUUGGUAUAGGUGUAAUAUGGGGAAUUAUUUGUAACAUUACACCUGAAAGAAACGAUCCAUUUGCAUCACCUUUGAGAAUUCUACUUCUUCUUUCUGGCGGCCUUGCUGGAGUCUUUGGUAGUGAACUAGUAGGAUAUGGUGGAGCAGGUCCUUUAAUAUGUGUCACAGCUGCAUUUGUGGCCCUGACCAAUUGGUCUAAACAGGGAUGGCAUGUAGAAGAAAACCCAGCAGCUUUGGCGUUUGAAAUAUUUUGGAUGAUUUUCCAGCCGAUUUUGUUCGGAAUAACGGGAUCCAGAAUAAAAAUAAAUGAGAUGGAUGGUAACGUAGUACUAGUCUCUUUUGGAAUAUUGGCGAUUGUUGUCUUGGUCCGUAUAGCAGUAACAGUUUUGGUUGGAAUUGGAUGUAAUAUGAAUUUAAAGGAGAAAUUGUUCGUGUCUGUAUCUUGGAUUAGCAAAGGAAUAGUUCAGGCUGCUCUAGGACCUGUAGCACUUUCUUUACUAGAAAACAAAAAGAACGAAGAAGUAGUUGAAGCACAAAAAAUUAUGCAAUGCUGUAUAUUAUCUAUUAUUCUUACUGCCCCGACUGGGGCCUUACUAACAACAAUAUUAGGACCCAUUUUACUUACUAAAGAAAAGCCUCUUCCUCCAGAACUUAGAGUACGAAAGAAGAGCAGAAGACAAUCUUUCCUAAAUCCAGAUUUGUUGUUGAAUGAAGAUGCCAAUAAUGAAGACAAAGAACAGAUGCAUAAUGUUACAAUUAGUUCUAUAAUUGAAGAAGAUAAAGAUGAUGUGGAAACCGCUAAAAAAUAGGUAUCAAACUGUAAUAGUAAAAAAUACAGCAGAGCUGAUCUCGUGAUGAAAUUUAAGGCGGAAGAGAAAAAAAAAAAGAAAUGUGAUCAGUUGGAAUAUUUAAUAAUAUUGGAUCUAUUUUAGGAUCUGAUAUUUUUAGUCAAUCCAUUCAGAUUUUAAAGACACAUACCAAUAUUUAAAAUUAUCAUGAAUAGUGAAUGAAGGAAUGUGUAUUAUGUAAAAUGGAUUUUUUAUUCUAGCGCUAGAUAAUAAUAUAGUACUAUCACAUUUUAAAUAGUAAAUUUGCUUAUAUAAUUGUAAACUUAUUUUCUUAUUACUUAUUGUAAACUAUAUUUUCAGUUGGGAAUAUAAAUUAUAAAUAUGUUUAUACCAAAAGUUUAAAAUCAAUAACAAAAAUAAAUUAUUAUUUUAAUAA